AUGACAAGUACGCCAAGUAGUAAUAUGCUUUUGUUACCACCAUCAGCAUUUCAAUCGACAUCAUCAUUUCAAUCAACAUCAUCAUUGUAUUUAAAUAAUGAUAAAGAAAAUCAAACGUCAACAACAACAACAACAACAGUUCAUGAACAACUUGAACAAUUACAAGAUGAAAUUGGUAGAUUAAGAACAAAUAAUGAAGCUCUUAAAACAUCUGGACGAGAUUUACUUGAACGCGCACCAGCAUUGAUAAAUUUACCUCGUCGUUCAAAUAUAGUACAAGAAACUCUUGAAGAUAUAAUUCAACAACAAGCAACUGAAAUUGAACGUUUACGUAAUGAACUUGAACGUGAAAAGUCUCGUUGUUUAAUUGCAAUUAAAGGACUUGAACAAACUUUACGUACAAAAGAAUUAUCAUGGAAAGCACAAUUAAAUGAAUUUGAAAUACGUUCAGCAGAAUUACAAAAAGUUCGAAAAGAAAAACUUUAUUAUGAACAAUUAUUAUCAUCACAAAAAUUAUCAACAUCAACAGAUAAUAUUAAUAAUAAAUUAUCUCAACAACUUGAACAAAGUGAAAAAGAAAAUGUUUCAUUAAAUGAAGAAAUGCGUUUAUUAAAUUUAAGAUUAACAUCAAUGAAUGAUGUAUUGACUUUACAAGAAGAAAAACUUGAACAACCAACAUUAAAUAAUAACGAAAAAAGACAAUCACUUCUUAAUUGUUGGAGAACAAAAGUUUAUGAUCUACUUAUGCAACUUAAAUCAAUGGAAUUAAUUCUAAAAAAUAAUAGUAAUAAAUUUUCCAAUGAGUUUACAGCCAUGAACUUACAUUUGAAUAAAGUAGUACAACAACUUGAAAUAAAUGUAACUGAACUCGAAGAACAAAAUGUAAAAUUUGAAAAGGAAAUCGAAGAGCGACAAUUAAUUUGGGAACAUCGAGAAUUAGAAAUGGAAAGAAAAAUAGAUCAACUUGAAAAACAACAAAAUGAUAUUGCUGAUGCAGCAAAACGGUUCGAAGAAGCUAUCGGUAAUUAUCCUGAUCCAUCAUUACCUGUGGCUCAUCAAUUAGAACAAGCUUUACGAAUUAUUCGUGAAAAUAUACAUCUAUUAAUGGAAGCUAAAGUACAACAUCAACUUGUUGAAAAGAAAACUGCUGAACAUAUUGAAAAAGUUCGUGAAAUGGAAGAUGCUAUAUUAGCUCGUGAUAAAAUUAUUCAUGAACUUCGACUUCGUUUACCAACAACAACUAUUCUUGAUUCAGAUAAACUUAUUUCUGAUGUUAUGACACGACCUGAUGACUUUUCACGUUUAGCUGCUGUUCGAGCAGCACAAUCAACAAUUGAUAGUCUUCAAGCUCGUAUUAUACAAAAAGAAGAAAGUAUUCGUAAAUAUCAAGAAAUGCUUAAAGAAGCACGAGAUGAUUUAAAUAAACAAACACGACAACAUGAAGAAGAAAUUCAAUUACUCAAUGAACAGUUACAAAAUAAACGUGAUUUAGAUUUUAUUCGUUUUAAAGAAUUUGUUGAACGAGGAGGAAAUCCAGCUCUUUUUCAAGGUUCACCUUCGUCAUUUGAGGUAGCGCGUUUACGCGAACUUGAAGAAAAUGUUGCUGUACAAGAAAAUACAAUUGCACAUUUAAAUGAAAAAUUACGUGAAGCACGUCGUGAAGCUGAAACAUGGAAAGCACGAUUAACACAAAAAAUGGAACAAUUUAAACAUGAUCGAGAAAACGUUAAAACCAGUUAUGAAAAAAUUGUGAAUGAACUUAAUCGUGAAAUAGAACUUCAUCGUUCACAAUUACAAGAUCAACAAGUCAAGCUUGGACAGAUGAAUGAUUAUGAGAAUGCACAAAAAUAUUCACCUAACAAAGCAACAAAAAAUCUAACAACUGGAGCAAAUCAACGUGAACAACCAUCAUUAAAAGAAGAAAAACGUCAAGAAUUCAUACGUGCUUUAGCUGAUAUUCGUAGUGAUAUGGUUAAAAUAGCUGAAGGAAAUCUAAAAGCUAUGAAUGAAGAAGACAAACAAAAUCUUUCUAUACAAGCAUUAAUUACAAAUAAAACAGCACAAUUACAAGAAAUAAUUGAUGAUUAUGAAGGACAAAUACAAAAUUUAAAACGAGAAUUAAAAACACAAAAAGCUUUAGCACAACAAUAUACGGAUCAAGCAACUGAUGCUCGAGGAAAAUUAGCUCAAAAUGAGAAGAAAUUAACUAAACUUCAUCAACAAAAUGCAGCACUCUCAGAUAAUGCCCAACGAAGAAUGACUGGUCAACAACUUCAACAAGGCCAAGGUGAAGAUACAAUCGAAUCAUUACGACGUCAAGUUCGUCUACUCGAAGAUAAACUUCGCAAAACAAAAACAGCUGAACGACCUAUGGAUGAAACUAGGGAUGACCGAACAAAACGAACAGUAGAAUCAUUUCAACAACAAAUAACUGAUUUAGAUACACAUAAAAAAGAAUUACUUAAAUUUAAUCAACAAUUAAAAGAUGAAUUAAGCAAAGUUCGAUUACGUAAUGAAGAACUACAAAAAAUUAAUACAUUUUUAAAAGCUGAAAAUGAAAGUUUAAGAAAUGGUGAAAGUCCGCGAUCAACAUCGAGUGGCGGUAUUCGACGAAUUGGUGAAUCUGGUCGAUCUACUUAUGAACUCGAAAAAAUGAUUGCAUUAAUGAAAAAGAGAAUUGAUCAUCUUCAAGCAGAAAAUCAAACACUUAAAUCAGAUCUUGAUCGACAAAGAGCAACCAAUGAUUCAAAUCGAGCAUUCUUCACUCAAGCAACAGAAUCAACUAAAGAAAUUGAGCAUAUGGGUCAGACUAAUUCACGACUUCAAAAAGAAGUUGCACUUCUACGUGAACAAGUAGCUCAAUUGCAAAUGAAAGCAUUACCACCAUCACCAUCGUCAUCAAAUAAUGGGUUUCAUUGA